AAACGUCUCUGGCCGGAAUUCAUUUGAAAAACAGAUCGUGCUCUCCAGACAGGAAAUACGGCUUCAAGGUCUUAGCAUUCCAGUUACUGAAGAAUGAAUGGCUUCUUCACAGCCAGGCAGCCCAUCUACAGUAGAGCAGGAUGUCCCUCCACCUCCUGAGACUGAGCCCACUGAAGAGAAGGAGGACAAGAAUCAGCAGCUGACCACGAGAAGAGGCAAAGGGAGACCAGCAAAAUCUCAGCACACUUUUAAGUGCUCAGCCUGUCCGGAAGUUUUUUCAGCCCCACAAGUCUACGGAAGUCAUAAGCUCUUAGCUCAUGGUAAGGACAAACAGCCAUACACUUGUGGCCAGUGUAAUAAGGCUUUCUCCAGCCGUGCCCAGCUCUCUAAACAUCAACGAUCCCAUUCUGGUCAACGUCCAUUUCAAUGCUCACAGUGUCAUAAAGCAUACAAAACACCAACAGAACUCAGAAACCACAGCCGUUCCCACACCGGAGAGAAACCCUUUGUCUGUACAGAGUGUGGCAAGGCGUUCAUGCAGGCCAUUUGUCUACGCAUUCACAUGACCCAGCACAGUGGUGAGAGGCCUCAUUCAUGCCCUCACUGCUCUAAGAGCUAUCCUACUCUGUCAAAACUGAAAGUUCAUCAGCGCUCACAUACAGGGGAGAAGCCAUACUUCUGCACCGAAUGCGGGAAGAGUUUUGCGGACCCCUCUGUGUACCGCAAGCAUCGGCGGAAUCACCAGGGCCACCGUCCUUAUUCCUGCGGUCAAUGCGGCAAGACAUACACAGAGCUCAAAGACCUGAAGAACCAUGAGCGCUCGCAUACAGGAGAGAAGCCAUACCUCUGCUCAGACUGCGGCAAGGCCUUCUCGCGUUCGUCCUCCCUGGCGUGCCACUUGCGCAUUCACUCCCAGAGCAAGCCCUACCAAUGUGAGCAGUGUGGAAAAGGCUUCACUCAGCUCUCCUCCUACCAGUCCCAUCUGCGUACACACUCCGGUGAGAAGCCCUUUCUCUGUCCACAGUGCGGCAAGAUGUUCUCAGACCCUUCCAGCUUCCGCCGGCACCAGAGGGCACAUCAGGGCUUCAAGCCCUACCCCUGCGACAAGUGCACCAAGAGAUUUCGGCAGCCGGCUGACCUGGCCGUGCACCAGCGCGUGCAUUCGGGCCAGAGGCCGUACAAGUGCCAGAACUGCGACAAAGCCUUCGUGGCAUCGUGGGACUUGCGCCGGCACAUGCUGGUGCACACCGGGCUGCGGCCGUUUUCUUGCACGGAAUGCGGCAAGUCGUUCGCAGAGCGCUCGAGCCUCAACAAGCACCGGAGGGUGCACUCUGGAGAACGCCCCUUCAAGUGCCAGAUGUGCUCCAAGUCGUUUGUUGUGUCGUCCAGCCUGCGCAAGCAUGAGAGGACGCACCUGGCAGAGAGGCCCCCGCAGCAGCCAGUGCCUGAGUCUGCGCAGGGCUUCUCUCUCAGCACUGGCCCGCAGUUUAGCACAUGGGAGGAGGUGCAGACCCACGCCGGGCUUCACAGCGUCUCUCCCCCACCAAAUCCCACUGUCAUGCCCCUCCCCUUUGGCCCCUACGUUUGCGUGACCUGCCAGGCCGAGUUUACGCAGCCGUCGGCUCUGCAAGCUCACGAGAAGAUGCACCCCAAGCCACGGCCCCAUGUCUGCGAUGGCUGCGGCAAAGGUUUCCUGAACAAAGCCGGACUGCGGAAACACCAGCGCAUCCAUUCCACCAGCCGGCCACACUGCUGCACGGUCUGUGGCAAGGCUUUCCUUUUCGCUGCUUACCUUCGGAAGCAUUUGCGCACCCACCGUGACGGCGAGGCCUCGUCCCUGCCACAGACGGACACGGCGCACACACAGCCCCUGCCUUCUCCGCCAGGUGCGUCCUCCCCAGCUGACUCGGAGCCUGCUACUAUAUCCCUGACUGUGCCUGUCACUGUGCCGGUGUCUGCCUUCCAGACCAUGGCAGCCCAUGUGUACAUAGACAAGGAAGAGGAGCUGUGAAAUUGUUGCAUGUUGGCCUUGAUCUUUCGACCACUGUUUACAGUCAGGAUCCAUUGUUAAGGAUGCAGUUCUGUACAAAAAUGCAACAGGCAGUUGAAAUGAUUUCUUUCAUUACACAAACUGUAUGGAAUUUUUUUUUUUUUACUGUUGCUUCUCCUUUGAAUUUAAAGCCCAGUGAUUUGGUGAAAAAAAUAAAUAAAUCCAAAUUUCA